GCUGAGUCCCCACCCCUCCUCCAGCAGAACAGCGUCUUGUUUCCGAGCGCACCGCAUCUCUGGGAAUUUUGGUUUAAUGUGACUAAAUCUAAAUUCUUUGCGUUUACGCGUCGGUCGGUUUUAUUCUAACACUGUCUGUUUUUAUUACUUGAACUGUGUCAGCCAGUGUUUUGACUCAGAUCCUGUUUGAUAACAGGCCUUUCCAUUCAACCCUCAUUGUAUUCAUAUUCAACCUUAAACACUCUCAAGGAUCAGAAGGUUUUUUUUUGUGAAGAAAUCGUCCGGACAUUUGCUGUUUCUUUUUCCACCGAAAAGGAUUUUACAGGCCUCCUGCCACAUCUUCGAAAGUAUGAAACAACCUGCUGCCAAAACUGAGAUGAACUUCUUGAACAUGUCUCCUGAGGAGGACAACAGCAGCUCCAACAGCACUGAAUACACUUUCCAGGACUCUACGAAGAAGGUUCCACUGGACAGCCAAUGCUCUGAUAUCGACGCAGAGAGUCAGAAGUUCCUCCCAGAGCAUAACCUGGGGAAGAAGAAGUAUGAAACUGAAUAUCACCAGGGCAACGCUUCCUUUGGCAUGUCCGUCUUCAACCUGGGCAACGCCAUCAUGGGCAGUGGCAUCCUGGGUCUGUCCUACGCAAUGGCCAACACUGGCAUUGCCCUAUUUGUGAUUCUCCUCAUGGCCGUUGCCAUCUUCUCCUUGUAUUCUGUCCACUUGCUGCUGAAGACGGCCAAUGAAGGAGGUGCACUGGUGUACGAGCAGCUGGGUUACAAAGCCUUCGGGUUGCCAGGGAAACUCGCCGCUUCCUUCUCCAUCACCAUGCAGAACAUUGGAGCCAUGUCAAGCUACCUCUAUAUCGUCAAAUACGAGCUGCCCAUCGUCAUCCAGGCCUUUCUGGGAACCAGCAAUGGGGAGUGGUACACUAACGGAAACUACCUGGUGCUGCUGGUGACGUUCACCAUCAUCUUGCCCCUCUCCCUGCUCAGGAACUUGGGUUACCUUGGUUACACCAGUGGUCUCUCCCUGCUCUGCAUGGUGUUUUUCGUGAUCGUGGUGAUCAUCAAGAAGUUCCAGAUCCCUUGCCCUCUGCCUGAAAACGUCAGCGCUUUGAAUGAAACCAUGAGCAAGUUGCUGAACACGACCUUGUCCCACCCCAACAACAGCGCCGUGGACUACAGCGAGGACGCGUGCACGCCGAAAUACUUUGUCUACAACUCGCAGACUGUCUAUACUGUUCCCAUCCUGACCUUCGCCUUCGUGUGCCACCCGGCCAUCCUGCCGAUGUACGAGGAGCUCAAAGACCGUUCCCGCAGAAAGAUGCAGGGUGUUGCCAACGUGUCCUUCCUGGCCAUGUUCAUCAUGUAUCUGCUGGCCGCCCUCUUCGGAUAUCUGACCUUCAACCUGCGCGUGGAGCCUGAGCUGCUGCACACCUACUCCAAAAUCUACCAGUUUGAUGUGGUCCUGCUGAUCGUCCGUCUGGCCGUGCUGACCGCCGUCACCCUCACCGUCCCUGUGGUGCUCUUCCCUAUUCGUACCUCCAUCAACCAGCACCUGUCCUCCUCUAAGGAGUUCAGCUGGAUCCGCCACUCCAUCAUCACCGUGGUCCUGCUGGCUGGCACCAACGCCCUGGUUAUCUUUGUGCCCACCAUCAGGGACAUCUUUGGCUUCAUCGGUGCCUCUGCUGCUGCCAUGCUCAUCUUCAUCCUGCCCUCGGCUUUCUACAUCAAACUGGUGAAGAAGGAGUCCAUGAAGUCUGUGCAGAAGAUCGGGGCCACCCUCUUCCUCCUGUGCGGCCUCGUGGUCAUGAUCGGCAGCAUGACCCUCAUCAUCUUGGACUGGAUCCACAACGCCACAGCCAGCCCAGACGCCACAGCCAUCCCAGACGCCACAGCCAGCCCAGACGCACACCCCAACGGACACUAAAGCUCCGCCUCUCCUGCUGCAGCCUGCCGGAGGAGGGAGAGCGGGACGCUUCCAGCACUGGACUGCUAACGACCACGCAACCAACGAAGAUCGAAAAACCUAUUGUAAAAGAAGAAAAACACAAAGAACUCACUUGAUGCUCGGCUUUGACUUCCUGAGCAACAGACCAUUGCCAUUCCAAGAGAAUGUAUCCAAACUUUGUACAGUUUGCUGUUAUAGGCCACAAAGAUGGUGUUUUACUUGCUUUCUUCUUUUUAUUGUAGCUUUUUUUUUUUUUUUCAUUGUCGUUUUUGCUCGUUUUUACUCUUUAAUGUUUUUUUUGUGUAGUUAUUGGUACAGCUGAAAACAAAUAUUUGAAGGUGCCUCAUAACAGAGAUGACAUAGUCUUAGAGUUCAAAAUGCAGCUUACACUCAGGUACGGUGUUGUUGCGUUUGGCGUGAGUGUGGCUGUGACCUCGGAGUCUUGCUGAGAAAAGUACGUGAAUCUCCCGAAAAAGGUCGACAAGAGGCAACAGACUUGAACGUUUAUCCUCCUCAAGGACAAUUAAGUUCCUUCCAACAUUUGUUUCUUUUCCUUUUUUUUUCCUUUUUUUUUUCCUUUUUUACUUUGCCAAAAAUGUAUUUGUAAAGCAUCUUUGUAUAUUGAAAGCACUUACUGUUUAGCACACUUGUGAAAAAAAAAAACAGAUUUGUCAGUUCUGACAGGCGAGGCCUAACACACCGCCUAUUCAGUAUUCGUACCAAGGCUUUGUGACCUUGCUUAUAGUGUCAGCUUUCCUUGUAAAACAUAGUGUAAGUCAACAGAACCUGCCUUCUUCUCAAACCCGACACUGGGAGCUGCAGAGUAUCUCACGAGAGGACUCUAAUGAAACUGUAUUAACUCUUAAAAACCUGCUGAAGAUCUUGUUGGAAUAGCGUGCGCGGCGACAACACUACUGCUUCGAGACCUGGAGGCCGCCGAGCCUUCAGUUCCACCUCCCCAUCCAAGGGUGGCGGGAAACUGAAAAUUUUUUUCUUUAUGGGAGAAUACUUUGAAUUUGACCACAUGCAGUGGUUGUAAUUUACCUGUUAAACUUGCAAACAAAAGAAAAACACAAAAAAAAAACCAAAAAAAAAAAAAAAACACCUAAAAACUAGAAGUCAGGUGUGCUCCGUAACACCAACAACCAAACAUGUCAACUAGCUGAGGAACGCCUCCGUCAGAAUAUUACGAGUGUUUUUUUUAAGUAUGGCUGCACAGAUUCCUGCUAUCGAAAAUGUGUCACAAUGAAGAACUUGAAAGCUCGACGUGGACCCACAUCCUCAUCGAGUCGUGAGCCUGUCAUCUGACGGUGCACUGUGCUUCCAACACUAACGUAACACGUCACCAAACUGUUAUUGUCCAACAUCUAUUUAUGGAAAACCGUGAAAUCAAUGUAAUUUAAUCUAUUUUACUAUAUUUAUAUAAUAUUGUAUGUAUAUAUAUAUGUAUAUAUAUCUACUGAGUUCAACUGUAUAUACGCUUUGUUUUGUUUUAACUUUUUUUUUUUUUCUGUUUUUUUUUUUAAACAAUAAUGAAUUGAAACUGUAAAACAAAAAUUGAAAAAGCCCAAGCUGGUGAAUCUGUGACAUUGAAUUUCCUCUGAUGCAGCGGAGCUUCUACUGUUAACUCUGACUGAAUUAUCCUGAAUUAUCCUCCUGUGUUGAUUCUGUGAAAACCAUGUUACAUGUGGAAACAGCGGAGAAAGUGGCAGCAGUCUCGUUUUCCUUUUUGGCCCCUGAACACGAACCCGGAUUAGCAAAAUGUUCUUUACGCACGUCUUGGUGAGAGAGUACGUCAGCCAUCUCUUGACCUCAGGAGCAAAGAGGGCUUUGCCCACCAGUGUUACACUCUUGUUUCAAUGAAACACCAUGUAUAUCCUGUAAUUAAUGUCUGAUUAAAAUCAAAGAUAAUCUAUA